GGCGGGGGCGGCACGUGCCGCCGCUCUCGGCCAAUGCGGAGCCCCGCGGGGAGGUCACGUGCCGCUGUUUGGCGCUUUUGUGCGCGCCCGGGUCUGUUGGUGCUCAGAGUGUGGUCAGGCGGCUCGGACCGAGCAGAGCUUUCCUUAUCCCAGUUGAUUGUGCAGAAUACACUGCCUGUCGCUUGUCUUCUAUUCACCAUGGCUUCUUCUGAUAUCCAGGUGAAAGAACUGGAGAAGCGUGCCUCAGGACAGGCUUUUGAGCUGAUUCUCAGCCCUCGGUCAAAAGAAUCUGUUCCAGAAUUCCCCCUUUCCCCUCCAAAGAAGAAGGAUCUUUCUCUGGAGGAAAUUCAGAAGAAAUUAGAAGCUGCCGAAGAAAGACGCAAGUCGCAUGAAGCUGAGGUCUUAAAGCAGCUGGCUGAGAAACGAGAGCACGAGAAAGAAGUGCUUCAGAAGGCAAUAGAAGAGAACAACAACUUCAGUAAAAUGGCAGAAGAGAAACUGACCCACAAAAUGGAAGCUAACAAAGAGAACCGAGAGGCACAAAUGGCUGCCAAACUGGAGCGUUUGCGAGAGAAGGAUAAGCACAUUGAAGAAGUGCGGAAGAACAAAGAAUCCAAAGACCCUGCUGACGAGACUGAAGCUGACUAAUUUGCUCUGACAACUGACUUUCUCCCCAUCCCCUUCCUAAAUAUCCAAAGACUGUACUGGCCAGUGUCAUUUUAUUUUUUCCCUCCUGACAAAUAUUUUAGAAGCUAAUGUAGGACUGUAUAGGUAGAUUCAGACUGUAAGAUGUUGUUUUAGGGGCUAAAGGGGAGAAACUAAAAGUGUUUUACUCUUUUUCUAAAGUGUUGGUCUUUCUAAUGUAGCUAUUUUUCUUGUUGCAUCUUUUCUACUUCAGUACACUUGGUGUACUGGGUUAAUGGCUAGUACUGUAUUGGCUCUGUGAAAACAUAUUUGUGAAAAGAGUAUGUAGUGGCUUCUUUUGAACUGUUAGAUGCUGAAUAUCUGUUCACUUUUCAAUCCCAAUUCUGUCCCAAUCUUACCAGAUGCUACUGGACUUGAAUGGUUAAUAAAACUGCACAGUGCUGUUGGUGGCAGUGACUUCUUUCGAGUUAGGUUAAUAAAUCAAGCCAUAGAGACCCUCCUGGUUGAUACUUGUUCCAGAUGGGGCCUUAGGGCUGGUAGAAAUACCAACGCACAAAUGACCGCACGUUCUCUGCCCUCAGUUUCUUGCCCCAGUGUGGUUUGCAUUGUCUCCCUCCACAAUGGCCACUUUGUUUGGAUGCCUCAGCCCAGGUCAGCUGUUACUAUAUUCUUUCAGAUGUUUAUUUGCAAACAAGCAUUUUUUGUUCUGUGUCCCUUUUAAAAGGCAGAUUAAAGGCACAAGCGUGUUACUAGAGAACAGUUUAGAGAGAAUCUCAAGGUCCUACUUGGUGGUUUGCUUGCUCUACAUUACAGGUGGGGCAUGUCCUCAUCCUUUCCUGCCAUAAAAACGAUGGCGCGAGAAUCAGAAUAUUAAUAAAACUUUAUGUGCUGCUGUA